AGCUCUCAGUCCAGCUGCACCGCGGCAGGGCAGGGGAGCUCAGAGGCGCCCUCCCACCUAACACGCCCUGCGCCUUCUCCCAGCAGCUUCAGUCUCUGACCCCGCAGGAUCCUCAACAGAGACCGGCUGAUCGGGAGCUGCGGGUGCCAUACAUCUCCAACGGGGGUCCUCUUGGACCAUUUAUUUAUCUGGCGCGCUGUAAGAAAGCACCAUUAGGUGUUGGUGGGAAGCUCUACUCUGUCCGAAUCUCACCAGGUCCGCGGCGAUUCGGAACACACACCCGCACCCGCCUAGCUGCGUGCGAGAAACCGCCUGGAGCAGCCUUUGCCUGGGGAUCAGUGUCUUCCUGGACCCCCAGUCGCGGUCUCCCGUUUCUGCUCUCCCUGUUCUACCCGGCAGCGGCGCCGGGGCUGUUUGGAAUCUUCUGCGUGCUGGUUGGGGUGCGCCCCCGAGUCCCCCGCUCCCGAGCGCCGGCGGCGUCGCUUGCCGGAGUUUGACUUGGGGUGGCGGCGGCAGUGGCUGCGCAGAGCCGCGGGCGGCGGGAGCGAGGCGAGCCCGGCCGCUCGCCCUCUGCGCUGCGCUAGGAUUGGUUUCUCCUGGAGAGCGCUGGCCGAGGGUUGGCUGCGGGCCGGCUGAAGAACAGGUGCACCUCCUCGCCCGGGCUCGCCGAGCAGCCACUGAGCAUCGCGGCGCGCCGGCUUAGGCGAGCGCCUGCCAGCCUGGCCCCCUGUGUCGGAAUGCCGCUUGCCGGCGCCGGGCAUCCAGCGGCUGCCCGCCCGGGCCGCUGAGGGCGACGGGAGGCUCUGAGGUGGGGGCAGCGGCGGCGCAGCCAGGCGCCCCAGGGAGCGGGCCGGGCGCGGCGCCCCGAGGAUGCCGGCGAGGCUGAAGUGCACACAGGCGGCGGGCAGCAUCCACGGCAGCAUCAGCAUCAGCAUCAGCAUCCGCGGCAGCAUCAGCACCAUCAGCAACCGGGGGACCCCGGCGCGCAGGAGGCAGCUAGGCGGGCUGCAGACGCCCCCCGCCGCUCCCUGACCGGCCGGCGGCGCCGGGGCCGGUCUCGCCCCUCUUCCGAGCUCCUCGCCGCCCCCUCCCCGGCCCGCGUCCCCUCCCCCGUCCUCUCCUCCCCGCCCGCCGCCCGCCUCUCGGGGGGAGGGGCGUGGGGGCAGGGAGCCGAUUUGCAUGCGGCCGCCGCGGCCGCUGCCUGCGCCGGAGCCCGCCGCCGCCGGAGCCCGCGCCCGCGCCCGGCCCGCGCGGCCCCAUGCCUCUGGCGCGGCCCUCGGGGGGGCGAAGGUGAAGACCGGCUCCUAGGAUGAGUGAAGGGGCGGCCGCUGCCUCGCCACCUGGUGCCGCUUCGGCAGCCGCCGCCUCGGCCGAGGAGGGCACCGCGGCGGCUGCGGCGGCGGCGGCGGCGGCGGCGGGCGGGGGCCCGGACGGCGGCGGAGAAGGGGCGGCCGAGCCCCCCCGGGAGUUACGCUGUAGCGACUGCAUCGUGUGGAACCGGCAGCAGACGUGGUUGUGCGUGGUGCCUCUGUUCAUCGGCUUCAUCGGCCUUGGGCUCAGCCUCAUGCUGCUUAAAUGGAUCGUGGUGGGCUCCGUCAAGGAGUACGUGCCCACGGACCUGGUGGACUCCAAGGGAAUGGGCCAGGACCCCUUUUUCCUCUCCAAGCCCAGCUCUUUCCCCAAGGCUAUGGAAACCACCACUACGACCACUUCCACCAUGUCCCCUGCCACCCCCUCCGCCGGCGGCGCCGCCUCCUCCAGGACGCCUAACCGGAUUAGCACCCGCUUUACCACCAUCACUCGUGCUCCCACUCGCUUCCCUGGGCACCGGGUGCCCAUCCGGGCUAGCCCGCGCUCUACCACGGCACGGAACACUGCGGCCCCCCCGACGGUCCUGUCCACCACGGCUCCUUUCUUCAGUAGCAGUACGCCAGGCUCCAGACCCCCCAUGCCAGGAGCCCCUAGCACGCAGGCAAUGCCUUCCUGGCCCACUGCGGCGUAUGCUACCUCCUCCUACCUCCACGAUUCCACUCCCUCCUGGACCCUGUCACCCUUUCAGGAUGCUGCGGCCGCCUCUUCCUCCUCACCCUCUACCACCUCCUCCACUACCACCACCCCAGAAACUAGCACCAGCCCCAAAUUUCAUACUACGACAUACUCCACUGAACGAUCUGAACACUUCAAACCCUGCCGAGACAAGGACCUAGCAUACUGUCUCAAUGAUGGCGAGUGCUUUGUGAUUGAGACAUUGACAGGAUCCCAUAAACACUGUCGGUGCAAAGAAGGCUACCAAGGAGUCCGUUGUGAUCAAUUUCUGCCGAAAACAGACUCCAUCUUAUCGGAUCCAACAGACCACUUGGGGAUUGAAUUCAUGGAGAGUGAAGAUGUUUAUCAAAGGCAGGUGCUGUCAAUUUCAUGUAUCAUCUUUGGAAUUGUCAUCGUGGGCAUGUUCUGUGCAGCAUUCUACUUCAAAAGCAAGAAACAGGCUAAACAAAUCCAAGAGCAGCUGAAAGAGUCACAGAAUGGGAAAAACUACAGCCUCAAGGCAUCCAGCACAAUGACAAAGUCCGAGAGCUUGAUGAAGAGCCAUGUCCAGCUGCAAAGUUAUUCAAAGGCGGACAGGCAUCCUGUGACUGCACUGGAGAAAAUAAUGGAGUCAAGUUUUGCGGGUCCCCAGUCAUUCCCUGAGGUCCCUUCUCCUGACAGAGGAAGCCAGCUUGUCAAGCACCACAGGAGUAUUUCUUCUUGCUGCAGCCCAGGACAAAGGAGUGGGGUGCUGCACAGGAGUACCUUCAGAAGGACACCACCUUCACCCCGAAGUCGACUGGGUGGGAUUGUAGGACCAGCAUAUCAGCAACUGGAAGAGUCAAGGAUCCCAGACCAGGAUAUGAUACCUUGCCAAGGGAUAGAGGUCAGGAAGACUAUAUCCCAUCUGCCUAUACAGCUGUGGUGUGUUGAAAGACCCCUGGACUUAAAGUAUCCAUCCAAUGGCUUAAGAACUCAACAAAACGCAUCAAUAAAUAUGCAACUGCCUUCAAGAGAAACAAACCCCUAUUUUAAUAGCUUGGAUCAAAAGGACCUGGUGGGCUAUUCGUCCCCAAGGGCCAACUCUGUGCCCAUCAUUCCUUCGGUGGGUCUAGAAGAAACCUGCAUGCAAAUGCCAGGGAUUUCUGAAGUCAAAAGCAUUAAAUGGUGCAAAAACUCCUAUUCUGCUGACAUUGUCAAUUCAAGUAUUCCAGUCAGCGACUGUCUUCUAGAAGAACAACAGGAAGUGAAGAUAUUACUAGAGACUGUGCAGGAACAGAUCCGGAUUCUGACUGAUGCCAGACGGUCAGAAGACUAUGAACUGGCCAGCGUGGAGACUGAGGACAGUGCGAGUGAAAACACAGCCUUUCUUCCCUUGAGUCCCACAGCCAAAUCAGAACGAGAGGCACAAUUUGUCUUAAGAAAUGAAAUACAAAGAGACUCUGUGUUAACCAAGUGACUCAAGAUAUAGGAGUCUGUGCAUUCUCUGCUUUGCUCAACAGGAAAGAGAGGAAAUUAAAUACAAAUUAUUUAUAUGCAUUAAUUUAAGAGCAUCUACUUAGAAAAAAACCAAAUAGUCUGCCGCCCUCAUAUCAUAGUGUUUUUUAACAAAAUAUUUUUUUAAAGGGAAAGAAUUGUUUCAGGAAGGAUAAAGCUUACCACUAAGCUUUUGGGGAGGAUUCUCUAUCCAAUUUCAGUUAGUCCCAACACUGUCCUCUUUGGCUCUUAGAAGAUUUGGUAAUUCCAACCUCUGGUCCCAUAGUGCCAGUGUCUGUAUGGAAAAGAAACUGGUAUUCAACUAGCUUCAAAGAGAUGAGCUAUAUCCCAAGGGAAGAUGUGCCAGUGAGCAGGUAGCCCUGGCCAUUUGGCUCUUGAGUUCCAACCCCUAAAUUUCUAUUCAUCAAUGCUCUCACCACAGUUUAUGUCAUGUCAAGGAAUGUAGUACUUUGUAUUUGAUUUUUAAAGAAUGGCAGGAGAACAUGAACAGGAAGGUAGAUGGAAACAAGAGUAACCUGGGCAACCUGACCCACUCUCAUGUGCCAUCUUUCUCUGUCAUUUGGGAGCACAGAACCUCAGAGGCGUGAGAUUACUAUAGGAAAGGAGACAAAAAAUGACAAUGUUGUGCCACUCAAAUCAUGCUAAUAGAAAUGUUUUUCUUCGAGAGUGUUUAGAAGCUCUGAAAGGGCACCUCUCAGUGUGUGUGUUUGUAUGGUGUGUGUGUGUGUGUGUGUGUGUGUGUGUGUGUGUGUGUGUGUGUUUACCUGUGUGCACAGGUGUGAGCGUGCGAAUAUGUGGGCUUGCUCACCAAAGCACAUAUGCUGUAUGCACAUGUGUUGCUUGUACGUGUGUGUAUGCAUGUGUGUGCAUAUUAAAGCUUGCUAAAAUUUGUUCUGAAACAUCAGGGAAUUUAAUAUUCAAAAGAAAUUUUCCCUCUUAGAUCUUUUCACUUUAAAUUUUUCCAUUAACUAUAAUUUGGGUUAGCGAGUUCUUGAACCAAGGUAACUUGCAUGGUGGGGUCUUAUAAAAAACUCCUAACAAUGUCUACACCAUUUUCUGAUGUGAAUAUUAUUGAAAAGGACAGUCUUUGGCUUAUUGAUAAUAUCAGUUUAACAAAACAAAUUAAUGGAGGAUGUGUUUAUUUUGAAUCAUUUACUUAAACUAUUGACAUAAGCCAAUUAUCAAAUUAACAGUUGACCAUUUUAUUUCUUGUCAACCUCAUUGCUAUUUUACAGUAAGUUUGUGCUGUGUAGACAGAGGCACUGGCUUUUCUGGUUAACAUGGAAGGAAUUAAUUGUUGAAAAUCACAAAUCCCAGACUAUUCAGUUCACAAGCAAUGCCCCCAAACAGUAAAUUGUGUUGUAUGUUCAUUUGGAAUAAAGCAAUAUUUUUACCACUGCUAAGGUGAACUGAAAACCUCCUGAAGAUGUGUCUGUUUUAUUUUCCCUAUUUUCAUGGGGCAUUCAAGGAAAUUAGUGUUCACAUACCCAGUCUUUAUCUGAUUAUUGGUGGUGUUGUUAUGUUUACACUGUUUAAAUAAAAAGGCACAGUAUUUGAAAGUACAUAAAAGAUUUCUUUUACUGUAGUUUGGGGAAAGCUUGGUUAAAAUUUCAAAGCUUGGUCUCAAGCAGAGAAAACAUACCAUUUUUACUUGAGGUAAGUUAUUUCUGUUAAAUACAUUGCAAGUUGUUAUCUAUGAAUGUUCCUUGAUAACAGAUAAAACACCAUCCAGGGAAAAGGAAGAGCAUUAAAAACCUAAUCAAAGCUGCUUAACAGGAAUCUGAAGUCUCUUAGGUUGAAAACACAUUGAUGGAAACCUACCUUUUAUCUGACAAAAGUUUUGUGUGUUUAUUAGUUGCAAUUAUAGUUUGGUUGUUUUCAAUAGAGCAGUAACUGUUGGUGUUUUAAAAAAUUAUGGAUUUUUAAUGUCUUCUUGCUCAACUUAAUUUUCACUUGAAAAUAUUUUCUAUUUAAGAAAAUUAUAGAAGGUGUUUGUAGGUCUAUAGAAUCCUGAAAGUUGAGCAUCUGCUGGACCAUUAUGUUGUUUUUUACUCCAAGUAUCCACAACUGUGAGGCCAUGCUGGUUGAUUGAGGCCAACUCCGUUUGUUUUGUUUUUCAUUUGUUGGUAUGUUUUGUUAUUUCCUAAAAUGUUACCCAUUGUUUAUCUAAAGGAUCCAUUCAUCUUGCUAGGAGGACACAUAUUCUGAGCAGCUUAGGUUAUUUUAAUGUAUCCUUUAUACCAAAGCUGUAAGAUCAAUGAAACAAGUCUCAAUACAACAUCUUAUUUAAAUAAAGGAAGGAUUACAUACCAUAUGAUUAUACCACAAAACUUUCCCCCAUAUUCUGGAGACAGUGAGUAUCAGGCACAUCCACUGGCCAUGUUAUGGAAAGUUUACAGUCAUUGCUACUUUUUGAACACUCAAGACAAAACCCUCCAUAGAAGCAGCUACUUGUGGCAGUUUCUGUGUUCUUUGUCUCCUUUAGGAACAUACAAAGGGCACAUCUUAGAUCACCAGCUGACAAAUGCCAAGUGCAGAUAACACUGAGGCUUUCUACAGUAACCUGGCCUGGUAGAUCCAUGGAGCCACCAAUGCUUUGUUCUUCAAACCCCUGUGAUUACAAGGACAUGAUCAUUUAUACACCAUACCUUCGCAAUUGCUUCAUUUCUCUUGUCUUUUUUAUGGGACCAGAUAAUUUGGAUAUUUGUAAUUAAAUAAGCUACAUACUUCAUCUCUAACUGGAUACUGAAUAUAACUCAUUAUAUUUUUUAUUUUAGUAAUUUCCUGGUAUGUCUUUUUUUUAAAUGUCUGUUGUUUUAAAUUAUUGAUAGCUAUUGUGCAAUGCUAUUGUUCAAAAUAUGACCAAUCUUUUGUUACUAAGGUAGAGUAGAAAUUAUGUAGGAAAGUUAGUUAGCAUCUGAGUUUUUUUCUUCCUAUGUAUAUUAAACACUUUCUUUCCAACUCUACCCUGGUAGCCACCCUACUGUAAAUUAAGGUCAAUUCAUCACACAUCCAAUGAAUCACAUCACUUUUCAAGUAUCAAGAGAAGAGACAGAACAGUACUGCUCUCAGGACUUUAUAGUUAGAUAACACAGAGACCAAAAGGAGUAGAGGGCCAUACACAACCCCUCAGUUGUGAGAUGAAUAGGAACUACAGUAUAGAAGGCCCUUGUGCCCGGCGCUGAGCCUGCCAGUACCCAGUUCUCCACCAGAACACAUUCAACACUUGCAGCCCUCACCAAACCUCUGUCUUGCCAUAUGGUGCUAUAGGAAAUCACGAGUGCUAAUGUGAGUGUGAAGGUGUGGGCUGAGCUCUGAUUCCAGCCCUGUGAACCUGAGAUUAAGUGCUAAGAUACUUUUCUCAAUUGAGUAUAUAGUUUAUCUAGGAACACAGCAGGCGGGAGGGAUUUUUAUUUGAUCUUUUGGUAUCUGGGAAACAUUUUAUAAAUAUACAUAUAUAUAUAAAGAAUACUUUUUAUUAUUAUUCAAUUGUAUAGCAUCACUACAGUGUUUUCAAUCGAUAGCAUGUCUAUGCUGUUUGUAUCUUGUCUUCAGAAAUUUAGUCCUCAUUCCAAGCAACACUAGUCCAAGGUUUCUAGGCUAUUCUCACUUUUGUAAACACUCAAUUUGCCCUGGGAAAUGAAGCUUUCAAAUAAGCUUUAUCUCUUCCUUUUUACAUUCUUUCCCUUUUAAAGAAAUAUUGAGGGUGAAGGAAGACAUUCCCUCUUUAAAAUCUACUCAUUUGUUUCCUACUGUGAAUACACCCACAAUAUAAAUAUAUAUGAACAUUAAAUUGGAGUGAUUAUUUGGGUAUCCUUAUCUUUGCUUCAUUUGACAAAUGCCAUGAAACCUUCACAGUCAGCCAAAUGGCAACAUUUUGCCAGACACACACUUUCAGUUUCUUCUCUUUCUUAACCAAACUGAAAUAUCCUUGAAUUAAAAAAUUCAAGAAUACAAUACUAAAAUAUAUUAGACUCUCUUUUUAAAAUGACAAUUAAAUGAUGGUUGUAAAUGAUUACUGUCUCUACAGUGUAUAAUUAUCACAAAUGUGGUCUUUUUAAAAAAUAAGUAUACUUCUAACAAUGUUUUUGACCUAUGGAACAACUGAAGUCUACUAAGGGCAGACAGAGUAUGUGGCUGUGGCAAGGAGGUCUAGCACUAAUGUCAGAUACCUCAGUUAAGUCAGUAACAGAAUACUCACAGGGACUUGAUAAAACAGAGAGCAGGCUUCUUGUCCUUUGAUGGUUGUUUGUCAUGAAUACCUGUAUUGAUUGCACAUGUAUUGUUGCCAAUGAAAGAACUGUGUGAACAGAAACAACCUUGUAUUGUUGGAAAUAAGUUAGACAUACAUUGUUGUGAAAGCUUCUAACUUACAGAUAAGAGCAGUCACUUGCCUCAUCUGUUACAUAAGGGAUAUGGUCUACUUUAUUUUUGAUUAUUUAUUCUUUCCAGUCAACCACCCUGUUAUCUAGUCAAUCUAAUUCAUAUUUUGACUGGUCAACUUAUAUACUCAUUCAACAUUAUUCUGUAAGUAGUUCAUGCCUAAAAAUCCAUCUCAGAAAAUCUUACAGAAGUUGGAACCUAUGUAUAUAUAUAUAUGAAUAAGAUUGGCAUUUGUAAAAGCACAUGCCAUGGAGUAAUAGGAUUUGUUUAAGGUAAAUUUAUCAAGAUCAGGUGAUGGAGAAAAGAUAUCCAAGAAAUACCUGAUUCUAAAGCUUGAGAUUCAAGGGUCAAACUUUGCUUCAUGAUUGUCCUAAAGGAAAUGUGAAAGCUUAUCAAAAAUAGAGCGCCUCUCCGUAGCAGGCAUGAGACUUUGACUAUGUCCUUUAGUUAUAGAAAUAGUAGUCAGACUCAUUUGCUACAAAAAGUAAAAGAUAUAUAGAUAUAUAGAUAGGUGCUCUCAAGUAUUUGCAUCUCAAGUUCCUUUGUCUUGAGAAAGGGCCCUGCCAUGUGGCUCAGGCUAUCAGUGAACACACAAUCUUCCUCCCUCAGCUUAUUGAAUUUGAUUAUAGUUGUUUGCUACUACCCCUGGUACAACUCAAACAUUUUAACAUAAACCCUCUAAAAUUAAGUAAAUUCUCUGUUGAAACUUAGACAUUGAAGUUCAAAAUAAUCCUAACUUUUAGGGUACCAAAAAGCAGUAUGUAGUUAUUGGCUUUUGUCUAUGAUUGCUGUUUUGACAAAUCAAUACCAAUAUGCUUCUUCAAUACCAUCCAGACUAGCACUGAUUCUUCUGUUUAUAAUUUGUUUUGGUCAAGAUCUCAUAAAGUCUGAAUUUUUUUUAGUAUUCAAUAAAAAAUGUGAAAUGUUAAAAUAUUUGAAUCAAAGACAUUAAAUUUCAGUUGUGUUGUGAUUUCAAGUUAUAAGGAUUCUAUGCAGUAGUUUGCAAAAUCAAACUAUGGGGAAUCUCACAUUUUUUUGGACUAGAUUUUGAUAUAUUUAGAGGGCUGCUGAACCACGAAGAGAAAUGCAAUAUAUUCUACACUGAUUAUAUGUUUGUUUUUUUUUUACAGUAAACAAAUUGAAGGGCUUUAAAAACUACAUGUACACAUAGCACUAAGCUAUGUUAAAUAUUAACCACAUGAAAGCCUUGGAUUCAGUAUCUCUUUUUAAGAAAUGCAUGCACCAAGAAUGUGUGUUGUUUACUCUGACUUUUAUCACAAGGAUUACUAUGUGCCAUUGAGCGCUGUCUUUGUCAACAAAAAACUAGAGGAUGGAUACAUUUGUUCAGACAGAAACAAAUAGGAAAUCAUAAAUUCUCAUCCUAAAAAUUGCUACAUCUUCACGUGUGGUCAUUGCAUAUGUGCAAGGAGAAUUAGAAGGAAAUGCCUUGGCUCAUGGUUUUCACAAAUAUGAAAUCAUGCAUGUGAAGUUAAGCAAAUGCAUUCUUUAAACUAU